AGAAAAAAGACCGAGGAUAUAAAGUUCGCCUAAAGGCAAAGAUAAGAGCAUUCUGCUUAUCUUGUAUAAGGCUACCUUAAGCAUUUCGUCUCUCAAAAACUUCGUUAAAAGUGUAAGGCAGGAACCAUGUUGAAGUUUGUGUUGUUGGUGUGCCUGGUGCUGACAGUCACACAGGCAGUCAAAUACCACAAGAGUAAACUACAGUUUGCACAGAAACGAAGCUUGAUGGCGAAACGACAAGCACGGAUCUGUGGCGAGAACCAGUUCAUGUGCACUUCCGGUGAAUGUCUUCCUUCAAUGUGGACGUGCGAUGCACAAGCCGACUGCCUCGACGGGUCUGACGAAGCGGAAUGUGACUGCGCUUGUCGAGGCGAGCACAAAUUUCAGUGCAAAAACGGCAACUGUAUUCCUCGCUCCUUCGUUUGCGACAUGUUCAACGACUGUGGCGAUGGCAGCGACGAAGUAGAUUGCCACCUGACCACCUGUAGACCUGGCCAGGUGCAGUGUGACAACCACAGGUGUAUUGAGGAAUCGUGGCUGUGUGACGGUUCUGACGACUGUCGUAACGGCUGGGACGAGAGCAACUGCGGUGGCACGUGCAAUGAGGACCUGUUCCAGUGCACCGAUGGGAGGUGCAUCCCCUCUAGCUGGGAGUGUGAUGGAGAUAAUGACUGUGGUGACAGUAGCGACGAGGUGAACUGUGUAUGUGACCCCGUCACCCAGUUCCAGUGCCCCGGUGGACGAUGUAUUCCCAUCCAAUGGCGAUGUGAUGGCGACGACGACUGCGGCGAUUUUACUGACGAAGUCGGCUGUCCUGCCUUACACCCAGACGACUGCCGCGACCGAAUGACACUACGGGGUUGUCUGCUGAUGAACGACACGUCACUUCCUAUCUGCCUCGACGACGACCUCGGCUUCAAGUACUGCCGCAAGUUCUGCAAACACUGCACAGUAAACCCAGAUGAAUCAGACGAGAUGAAGUUUGUGUUGUUGGUGUGUCUCGUGCUGACAGUCACACAGGCAGUCAAAUACCACAAGAGUAAACUACAGUUUGCACAGAAACGAAGCUUGAUGACGAAACGACAAGGGAUCAGAUGUGUGGAGUACGAGUUUAUGUGCGCUUCCGGUGAGUGCAUUCCUUCAGACUGGGCGUGCGACACAGAGGCCGACUGUGAGGACGGGUCUGACGAAAUGGAAUGUGAGUGCACUUGCACAGGUGAAAACAAGUUUCAGUGUAAAAACAGAAAGUGUAUUCCUCACUCCUUCGUUUGCGACACACAGAACGACUGCGGGGAUCACACCGACGAGGUUUAUUGCCAUCUGCACACCUGUAGACCUGGACAGGUGCAAUGUGAUAACUACAAGUGCAUAGAGGAAUCGUGGCUGUGUGAUGGUGAAAAUGACUGUCAUAACGGAUGGGACGAGACUGACUGUGACAGCAGGUGCGAGCACGACCACUUCCGGUGCACUAAUGGCAUCGAGUGCAUUCCCCCUGCCUUGGAGUGUGACGGUGUCAGUGACUGCAGCGACAACAGUGAUGAGCAGCAUUGUGAGUGCAAUCCCACAAUCCAUUUCCAGUGCGCCCAUGGAGGGUGCGUGCUCCUCAAAUGGAGGUGUGACAAUAACGACGACUGCGGCGAUUUCUCGGAUGAACUCGGCUGCCCUACGUUACAUCCAAACGUCUGCAACGACCGACUGACUCUGCGGGGUUGUCUGCUCAUGAACGAGACGUCACUUCCUAUCUGUCACGACGACCUCGGUUUCAAGUACUGCCGCAAGUUCUGUAACCUUUGCUUGGAAAACUGAAAAGAACGAAAUUAUCGUUCUUGUGUCCUCUCCUAAAGACAUUUUCCAUCUCUGAAAGAUGAUCACCCUGGCAACUAGAUGACAGCAUGGCGUCUUUGCAACAAAUGACAGAAUGAGUUUCUCUCAAUUUGUUAUUCUCGUCUUUAAAGGCAGUUGCGAUAAAAUGUUUUUCAGUAAUAUCAGAAUAAAAGUCUAUGACGGUUUUUAAGUGCUCCGAUGAAUUAUUACUAUGAAGAUGAUUUUGAGAACAAAAACCAGCUAAAAAAAUCAAAAAGGCGAGUUACUUGCUAUUAAUUCGCAGGACACCACCCUGGUAAGACGAUUGCGUGGAGUUUCGUUAGCGGAUGAGGUUUUCUGAGGCAGCCUGGAAUCUCCAAUGAAUAAUUUUGCCACUGUCCAGGGCUCGUAUUCAUAAAGCACCUAUACCCUAUCUCCUAUUCAGUCUGGUCUGGGUAAUCUGCUAUUCGCAGACAGUGGCUAGACAUCCGUAUUUAUGACCUGGUGGUAGCCUUACUCUCAAAUAUUUACAGGACAGGCCGGUAAAUUAUCAAUGGGGACCAUUUGGGGAUAUUUUAACAAAACAGAACACCGAUUCUUAGGAUCUCAGAUUUUUAACAAAUAGAAAUGAUUUUAAUUAUUAAGCAUGUAAAGCUCCACUUGUAAACAACAGUUAAUAAAAUGGACUUCUCGUCCUAAACUCAUACAACCGUUA